GAUAUGGUUUGGAGAGGGCUUCCACAGUGGAUAGAGGGCCAACAUGGAAUGCAGGCUCUUGGCAUCGGCUAGCACAUGGUACUUUCUCAGCGAGAAGAAGGAUGUUCUCCCUCAGCUUCUGGAGCCCAAUCGAGCUGGAAGGGAGGAAGGCAUCCUAUUUCAUGGGGAGAUGGAGCUGGAUGGGGGCGGUGAGGAAAGAUUUUUGCACCAUUUGCAAGAGUGGUGGCAAAGUUUUCUGCUGCGAUGCUUGUAUCACCUCCAGUGCUUGGAUCCGCCAAUGAAGAGGAGCCUCUACGUAGAUUCUCAAAUGGCAUGGCAAAGGUUAUCUCAUUGCAAGAGGGAAGCACUAACAGGAGUUUCAUGCACUCUCACGGAGAAGGAAGACGGAGGAAGGCAAGAAGGCAGAAGAAGAGCUGAUGAAGCAUUUCCUUGUCAGGUGGAAGUCGAGGUCUUACCCUUCAUUGCUCUUGGUAAGUCUUUUCUUGCUUAUAGACACUAGUCAUUCGUACGAAGCAUCACAGGAUCCGCUGAAUGAAAUGGAGAGCUUCAAGGCUGUAUCAUGGCUUGCGAAUGAAGAUGAACCAAUUCCAUAAAACGUGUGAGGCCAUGAAACAAUGUCCAACACUGUAUGAGAAUAUGUCAAGCAUAUUCUAUUAUUUAGUGUA